AUGACGGCCCCUACGGGGUAUGGCACGGCCAUGGCGGCGGGGCGCCACAGCAGAAUCCACUCUGGUGAGGGGGAAUGGGCGAGGCGGGAGCGCGCGGGAAGAAGCCAACACCCGGACCCUAGGAGCAGCUUGUGCGUCCUCAUUCCUUGCCCAGGCGGUACCGCCCACGCGCCUGGCCUCAGCCCUGCUGGCGCGCGCCCCCUCCCGCCACUGGCUGCCACCGUGAUUUGCUUGGUGCUUACCCUGUUCACCAACAUCUUCCAGAGCACUUGCACUGGAAUAAAUGAGCACACCUUCCUAGCCAUCAAGCCAGAUGGGGUGCAGCGGCAUCUCAUAGGGGAGAUCAUCAGGCGCUUUGAAAAGAAGGGCUUCAAACUGGUGGGGAUGAAACUCAUGCAGGCCUCGGAAGACUUGCUGAAGAAGCAUUAUAUAGCCCUCUGUGAUCGCCCCUUCUACAGCCACCUGGUGAAGUACAUGAGAUCGGGUCCUACUGUAGCCAUGGUCUGGAAGGGGCUGGAUGUGGUAAAGAUGGCUCGUACAAUGAUUGGAGAAACUAAUCCUUCCGAUUCCAGACCCGGAACCAUCUGAGGGGACUUCUGCAUUGAAGUCAGCAAGAAUGUGAUUCAUGGCAGCGACUCAAUCGAGAGUGCCCGGCGGGAGAUUUCGCUCUCGUUCCACACAGACAAGCUGACCUGUUGGGCGGAGAGCACUGAGCACUGGAUCUAUGAAGCUGCAGCUGGACAGUAG